CUAGAUAUUCUCUGUCAGCAUCCUGUGUUUAAAGUGGGUUACAUACAUCAGGAUCCUCCGGCAUCAAAGCAUGGUCUAGUCCCUUAACCCUCCCGGAUCCCGCCCCGCCCAUCGUCAACCUUGGCUCAACAACCGGUGCAACAUGCAGGCACCCGGGAGUAACGCAGCUGGCAGCCAGGCUGAUCCAGCUCCCCACUCGCGCAAGCCGUGGAAUUCGCAUUCCCAGUCGCAGCUCUCCCACCACGAUCAUGAUCAAGACCAUGACCGUCCGCAGAGUCACAACCCCGAGCCGAUCGCGCGGGAGCACACUCGACGCUCCACCACCACGCACUCAUCCACGCGCUCAGCCAAAUGGUGGCGCGUACGACUCUUCCGCGGCAUGGUCAAAGAUGUGAGGCGUCGCGCUCCAUAUUACUGGAGUGACUGGACCGAUGCGUGGGAUUACCGGGUCGUCCCUGCGACGGUGUACAUGUUUUUCGCCAAUAUCCUGCCCGCUCUGGCUUUCUCACUGGACAUGUUUGAAAAGACGCACCAGAGCUACGGCGUUAACGAGGUGCUUCUCGCGUCCGUGCUGGGCUCCGUGGUGUUCGCCCUUCUGGCGGCUCAGCCGCUGGUGAUUGUUGGCGUGACGGGGCCUAUUACUGUGUUUAAUUAUACGGUUUAUGAUAUUAUUGCGCCGCGGGGGACGCCGUAUCUGGCUUUUAUGUGUUGGAUUGGGAUCUGGUCACUCAUCAUGCACUGGUUCCUCGCCAUAACCAACGCAUGCAACGCUUUGACCUACGUGACUCGCUUCUCGUGUGACAUUUUCGGGUUCUACGUCGCGUGCAUCUAUCUCCAGAAAGGGAUCCAGGUGCUGACGCGCCAGUGGGGCCAGGUCGGCGAGACGUCGGCGUAUCUCAGCAUUAUGGUCGCGCUGUUGGUGCUGAUGAGUGCUUGGAUCUGUGGUGAACUGGGGAACAGUAAUCUGUUUCAGCGCUACGUGCGGAAGUUUCUGGAGGAUUAUGGCACGCCGUUGACGAUUGUCUUCUUUACCGGGUUUGUCCAUAUCGGUCAUAUGAGAGACGUUAACGUCGCGACGCUGCCGACUAGCAAGGCUUUCUUUCCUACGAUGGAUAGGAGCUGGCUUGUUAAUUUUUGGGAUAUUGAUGUGGGAGAUAUCUUCUUGGCUAUUCCGUUUGCUCUGCUCUUGACUAUUCUCUUCUACUUUGACCAUAACGUAUCCUCCCUCAUCGCCCAAGGAACCGAAUUCCCCCUCCGCAAACCCGCCGGCUUCCACUGGGACCUCUGGCUCCUAGGCCUAACAACCUUCGUCGCAGGCCUCCUCGGCAUCCCCUUUCCCAACGGCCUCAUCCCCCAAGCCCCCUUCCACACCGCCGCCCUCUGCGUCACCCGCGACGUCGCCGAUACAGACGACACCAACAAAGGCAAGACAGUCCGCAUAACAGACCACGUCGUCGAACAGCGCGUCAGCAACCUCGCCCAAGGCCUCCUCACCCUAAUCGCCAUGACCGGCCCCUUACUAAUCGUCCUCCACCUCAUCCCCCAAGGCGUCAUGGCCGGCCUCUUCUUCAUUAUGGGUGUCCAAGCCCUGCAAGGCAAUGGAGUCACGCAGAAAUUGAUCUUCCUCGCGCAAGACCGCGCCUUCACGGCUGCGUCGAACCCGCUUAAGCGUGUGAAGCGUCGCCGCGCGAUUUGGGUCUUUGUUGUGCUGGAGCUGGUCGGGUUUGGGGCUACGUUUGCGAUCACGCAGACGAUUGCGGCGAUUGGGUUCCCGGUUAUUAUUUUGCUGUUGAUUCCUGUUCGCUCGUUUUUGUUUCCGUUGUGGUUUGAGGGUGAGGAGCUGGCUGCGCUGGAUGCGCCUACUGCUAGUCCGUUUACGAUGGAGAGUGUGGGCGGGACUCAUGGGGCAAAUGGUGAUUCUGAUGCUGAGGGAGAGGGAGCUGGAGCUCGGCCUGCUGGGAGACCGUCCUCUAAGGAUGAUGCCAGUGGGGAGUCGAUGAUGCGUCGUGGGGAGGGGGAGGGGGCUGAGGCUCCUGUGGAGGGGGAUUUGGAGCGUGGAGAGGCGUAUGAGAUGCAGUCGAGGGCGGGGAUGCGUAGACGGAGCAUGGCUAGUGGGGGUGAUUGA